AUGAGCGCCGCUGUAGUUCUCGUCCUCUUCUCCGUCCUGACUGCGACACAAGCGUGCGAGGGUCCGGACGUGUGCAAUGUAAUCAGGAUGGAAAGUUGGAGCUACGAGUACUCCGAGAAGAUUGUGGAAAACGCCACAUGGGUCCUCAACAUGACGGUCGUAGAUCGGCAGUCCGCGACUGAGUGUACCCUGGGUGAAUCCUUCGGAUACCAGAAAGCUACCCUGUGGGUGAAUCAUGGCUGUCGAGCUGCUUUCAAAGUUUGUUAUCUCCCAGUGAGGUCGACCAAGUGCAAAGUACUUACGAUGGAAAGUUUGAACUAUGAGUACGCCGAGCAGAAGGUGAAGAAGGCUGCACUGUUCAUCAACAUGACCGUUGAAGAUCAGCAGUCCGAGGCCAGUUGCGAUCUGGAUAAAUCCUUCGGCUUCGACAAUCAGAAAUCCAUAGUGUGGGUGAAUUAUGGCUGUCGUGCCGACUUCAAUGUCUGUUAUAUGAAAGGCAUCAGCAGCACCACUACGGUAAACGUGAGCAGCUGGAACUACCAGCACGCCACCAAGAUGCUCUCCUCCGCCUCCUGCAUCUACUCCAUGCAAGUGGCCAAGCAACAGUCCACAGCUGCCUGCACUUUCGGAACCUCUUUUGGUUUUGUGGGCAAUACCAUGUGGGUCAACGAUGGAUGCAGAGCUGACUUUAGCGUUGACUACUAUACCGCUUAA